AAUGCCGCCGCACACAAUCCUCCCACAGCAACCAAGCGAACGAGCACGAUGCGUCGCGAGGGCCGCCAGCACGGGUGGGUGUUCGCCGUCGACCGCACCCUGGUCGACCCGGAGGGCAAGCUCCGCACGCGCGCCGUGCAGGUCGACGGCACGGCGGCGGCCAACGGCGGGUUCGUCAGGGCGCCGCGCAAGCCCACCAACCACUCCAAGCCCGCCGUGGGGCGCGCGUACAAGGCCCUGCUCCGCAAGGGGGAGGCCGGGUCCGGCAGGAGCAGGCGCAAGUUCAAGCACGACGAGGCCAAGAUGUACGCCCUCGAGGUCCAGGGCGCCGAGGACGCCUUCGACGACGCGAUGAUGGAGUUGUGCUACUAUUGACGCGAGCCUCAUGCAUUGCCAGGAAGUGUAGAGAUCGAUGCAGGCUUUUGCUUCUGGAGUCUGAAUCUGAAUGUGUUUCGGGAUGUGAAUCUUUGUUGCUUCAGUGAAUAAACUAGACUUUGUUGUUAUGGGGGUAUUUUUGGGAUCUCGAUUGUGAUUCUAAAUCGGAAAUCAAUCCUGAUCUUCAAAGUCCAAAUUGUAAAGGUGGGUGGGAAUGUCAGGCGUGUGAGCUUACUGUUUCCAAUCCUAAUCGUUUUGAAAUGAUAUUGUCAAA